CCCCUCUCUCCCCGAAACCCUCGCCUCAAUGCUCCUCCCAGUUUCGCCUAGAUACCCUUCACUCUCCUGCGCGAUCCCUCUCCAGGUUUCGCCCGAAACCAUCACCUUCGUUACUCGCCAUACACUCGCAAUUGGAGCUAACUAGGGAGGCAGCGGCGGGAUCAGAGUCCCGAACUCCCAUCUUUCUUCCUUUUCGCACCGCUUCUACCCGAAUAUUUUGUUCAUACUGACUGUCCGGCAGGAUUUGGGUCUAAUCCAGAGGCCAGCGAUGGGUCGGAAGAAGACGGUGAUGAUCGACGACGACGAGUACUCUUUGCCGAUAGACGAACAGCAAGUUCAGGCAUCUGAGAAAGAAAACCGCGCUUCAAUCAACACAGGGUCGAAGAAGAAUAAGAAGGGAGGCGGCGGGGCCAAAUCACAGCGCCAUGGAGGCCAGGAGGAUUUGGAGAUCGAGCAGCUUGCUGGUGCCGAAGACGAGGAGGCGAAGAUGAGCAAAGAUAAUGUUGAAGAGGAAGAUGAACUGAUUUCGAACGUGUUUUCUGGAAAGAAGAAAGCUUCUAAAUCUAAGAAAGACAGAGUUUCUCAAGGCAAUAAUGUUGCUAAUGUUACAGCCAUUGGUAAAGAAGAAGGUAAUCAGCAAGAUGAGGAAGAUGCACCCGUGAUUGUAUCUUUUUCGGGAAAGAAGAAGCCUUCUAAAACCAAGAAAGAGAAAAAUUCCCAAGCUUCCAGUUCCUUUGAUGCCAAUAAUCUUAUUUGGACAAUCAGAGACUUCCCGGCUUAUGGGAUGCUAUCUGAUUGGAGCAUAACUGGGAAAUUGAUCAUAUUUUGUCUUGACGGCAUUUGGCCUGUUAGUGCAAGUGAGUCCUCUCCGGACAUCCCAUUGAAAACAGGGGAUUCCUCCAGGAAAGAUGAGCUCGAUGAUUUCCGAUACUUCCAGAGGAUUGCACUGCUACUGCAAAAUACAAUGUUUACUGGUUACUUCACGCAUUAUAAUAAAGAGGCAGAACCAUCGUUUGUCGAAAAACAGCUAAAACACGUCUGUUUUGAAACUGCAAAAAACAAACAAACAAUCGGCUUAUCCGCAGCAGCUUUUGCACAGCAGUUUUUUACCACUACUAUUGCGCGGCAACUUGUUAAUAAGCUGCAGCAAUCCCAAGCAGACCCUUAA